AUGACUUUCUUCUUUAUUGUCAUUAUCAUCCUGCUGGCAAUCAUCCAGGGUGGGUUGAAGAGUGCUGAAUUAACAGUGUUGUCAUCACCUGAGUUAGUAUUUUUUGCCUGACUUUGACAUGCCGCGUCCUUUUGUACACCCCAGGCUUCAUUAUCGACGCUUUCGGCGAUUUGAGGGACCAGCUGGAGCAGGUUAAGGAUGACUUGGAAUCGAAGUGUUUCAUCUGCGGAAUCGGAAAGGAGUAUUUUGACGCAACACCUCAUGGUUUCGACAGACAUGUAGAAAAGGAGCACAACUUUGCCAAUUAUAUGUAGGCUCAUUGCAUUUCGUGCCUUUAUUGCCAUAAUCGCUGUUUUCACCACGACAGUAAUCAACCGUUGGGGCAAAAUAUGCUUCUUGUCUUUUGAAUUCUUUCCGCGCCUGUUUGCGUGUCUUCUUUACCGAACAAUUCUUCAUUUAUGAGUCUUUGCAGAGAUGAGGUCAAUUACUAGACUUUUGCUUUAAGAUGUCCAGUACGACCCACGUAACCAUUGAAAAAAAUAUGCUUCCAUGCAAUGUCUCCGUGCCUUAUUCUGUCAUUUCCUGUGGCAGUUCAUUUUAGUUGUGCGCCUUAUAUUUACCGCCGCCAUACUUACUGACCUGAUCGGGUUACAGCACUAGGGGCUGCAGUUCAGUCAAAGGCGAUCAUUCUAACUACCACUGCCUCUAGAAAUAAUGUGUCUCGGGCAUUUGACUACUGUGUUUAUGACAGAAACCCUCUUUGUGGCCGUCAUGACAAACUGUUUACAUAAAGACUGCUAGCGUAUGUUUAUGCAUGUACGUAAUAAGCGUAUGUUGUUAAGUGCCUGAAUUCCCGUCUUUUCUACAGGUAUUUCCUUAUGCAUAUAAUCAACAAACCCGAUACAGAGUUCACCGGCCAGGUAUGUCUUCUUUUAUUUCAAGACAAAUCCUCUGUCAAUUUUGUUUAUUAAGCAGUCAGGAACUUAAAUACUAGCACGUAAUUAAGGGGCUAGAUUUGGUCUUCUACGGUAUCAAACCGCAUUUUAGCACCGUGUUAUUUGCCACCUUUGCCAGCACCACGCUCAGAGCGAUUUCCUACCAACCAAAAUACCCUUAAAGUUUAGUUUCCUAGAUAGAAUUAGUGUGACUCGUCAACUAGAAUCCGGCUGUCGAAUGUAACUAUCAACCGCACGGAAAGGACUUGCACCGACAAAUCCCGGUUGUAACUCGGAAACAGUCAUCACACUUUCCCUUGCCGGUAGCAUUUCUCGAUAAUUACCUCUUGCUAUCCAAAGGACAUGCUUAAAUUAGUGUGGUGGGGGAAGGGCUUUUUGAAUAAACUGCAGUCGCGAACUCUAAAUACCGACUUGGAAGACAGUCCGUUGAAAGCAUUAUAAUUAAUGGGAAGCACCUGAAACUGAUAGCCAAGGCAUGCAUCCCAACCAACUUCGUGACUAUGUGCUCAGAUAGGCGAUCAUUCGGUGAAGCCAUUUCUGUCAGUUUCGAAAAUAAGCAAAGUCGACUUCGUAUAUUAUCUACCUUCUUCGGAAAUACAAACUGUUGCCCACGUAAUGUUAUGUUAGCUCCUUAGCCAUUUGCCGAUCUAUUUGAUAGUUUAGAUUGCUGUAGUCUAUGGAGUGGGUAUUUAUAGUUUUAACAACCUUACCAUCCAUAUGAAUCACCACUUAGCCUGUAAUUACAGCCCGUAAUUCAUUGUUAAUGAUGUAAUAAUUCAGGAAACCUAUGUGUGGGAGCUCUACCAACAGCGAUGCUGGGACUUCUUUCCAAUCGGCAAUUGUUUCCGAAAGCAAUAUGAGGAGGAGUUGCAGGCCAAAUAA